GUGUGUGGGAGGAGGAGUGAGCGGUGUGGCGAGAUGGAAGUGGAGAGAGCGGAUGCAGAUAAGACUCGCUCUCACUGUCCACGGGAGUAAGGACGCCGAUCUCCUCUCGGAUACAUAUUUAUUUUUUCCCCCCCUGUGGGUUUUAUUUUCCUGCCAAUGCACUGUGAUCCCUGUCGUGCUCGCGGGCACCACCCCUCCAAACGCACCCGUCUAUCUGCGAACUGUCAAUCAUCUCACGCCGGGAUUUCUACAUGUGAGUGCAUGGCGCGCCGGGCAGGGCGGAUCUGCACACGGGCUGGAGAGACGCCGGUUAAUAUGGAUGAAAGGUCAACCAUCAUCUCCUCGUCCCGCUCUCUCUGAUUAGCGACAGUCGUCCUAUAGCGCUGCCCAGACCACCGCGCGCGGGGGGAAGAUGAUGUGCGAGGUGAUGCCGACCAUCAGCGAAGGAGACUCGGCCGGUCCCCCGCGAGGCGCCGGCGGCGGCGUCCCGAACGGCUCCGAGCAGGAGGCCAACUUCGAGCAGCUGAUGGUCAACAUGCUGGACGAGAGGGACAAGCUGCUGGAGUCCCUCAGGGAGACGCAGGAGACCCUCAUCCAGUCCCAGACGAAGCUGCAGGGGGCGCUGCACGAGAGGGACGUCCUCCAGCGGCAGAUCAACGCCGCGCUGCCUCAGGAGUUUGCCACGCUGACGAAGGAGCUGAACAUAUGCCGGGAGCAGCUGCUGGAGAAAGAGGAAGAAAUAUCUGAGCUGAAAGCUGAAAGGAACAACACCCGGUUGCUGCUGGAGCACCUGGAGUGCCUGGUGUCUCGUCACGAACGCAGUCUGAGGAUGACAGUUGUGAAGAGACAGGCGCCGCCGCCAUCUGGAGUCUCCAGCGAGGUGGAGGUCCUCAAAGCUCUGAAGUCGCUGUUUGAACACCACAAAGCUCUGGAUGAAAAGGUGCGUGAGAGGCUCCGAGUGGCUCUGGAGAGAGUGGCCACCCUGGAGGGACAACUAUCCUCCACCACACAAGAGUUGAACAUGGUGAGACAGAGGAAGGACGGUGACUCACUGGAGCGAACAGAUGGAUCCAAGCCUACAUGGAAGAGAUUACCGAACGGCUCAAUAGACGCCCAUGACGACAGUGGCCGGGUGUCUGAGCUUCAGGAGCUGCUGGAUCGGACCAAUAAGGAGCUGGCUCAGAAUCGCGAGCACUCCGCCACUCUUAACGCCCGCGUGGCAGAGCUCGAGGCCGAGCUGGCGAACGCACGCCGAGAACUGAGCCGCAGCGAGGAGCUGUCAAUCAAACAACAGAGGGAGCAGAGAGAGAGGGAGGAUAUGGAGGAGAGGAUAACAACAUUAGAGAAGCGCUACCUGGCGGCUCAGCGGGAGACCACUCACAUCCACGACCUCAAUGAUAAACUGGAGAACGAGCUGGCCACCAAGGACUCCUUGCACCGACAGAGCGAGGAGAAGGUGCGCCAGCUGCAGGAGAUGCUGGAGAUGGCAGAGCAGAGGCUGGCUCAGACCAUGAGGAAGGCCGAGACGCUGCCGGAGGUGGAGGCCGAGCUGGCGCAGAGAGUGGCGGCGCUCUCCAAGGCCGAGGAGCGUCACGGCAACGUGGAGGAAAGACUCAGACAGCUGGAGUCACAACUGGAGGAGAAGAACCAAGAACUAGGAAGGGCUCGUCAAAGGGAGAAGAUGAACGAGGAACACAACAAGCGUUUAUCCGACACGGUGGAUCGUCUGCUCACCGAGUCCAACGAAAGACUGCAGCUCCAUCUGAAAGAGCGCAUGGCUGCCCUGGAGGACAAGAACUCCCUCAUUCAGGACCUUGAGAACUGCCAGAAACAGCUUGAAGAAUUCCACCACACCAGGGAACGACUCAUUGGCGAGAUUGAUAAAUUGAGAAAUGAGAUUGAUCACCUGAAGCGCCGCAGCGGGGCCUUCGGCGAUGGAACUCACCCUCGGUCUCACCUGGGCAGUGCCAGCGACCUCCGCUUCUCGGUGGUGGAGGGCCAAGAUGGCCACUACAGCACGACUGUGAUCAGGCGGGCGCAGAAGGGCCGGAUGUCGGCGCUACGGGACGACCCCAACAAGGUGUGUGCGGUGUUUGAGCAGGACUACCCGUCACUGCGCGGGAGCGUCAGCCACCUCCUCGGCAGCGACAUCGAGGCGGAGUCGGACCUGGACGACGACGUCAGCUCGGCCCUGCUCUCCCCCAGCGGCCAGUCGGACGCUCAGACUCUCGCGCUCAUGCUGCAAGAGCAGCUUGACGCGAUCAACGAAGAGAUAAGGAUGAUCCAGGUAGAGCGAGAGUCCGCAGACCUGCGCUCGGACGAGAUCGAGUCCCGCGUGAACAGCGGCAGCAUGGACGGUCUCAACGUGACGCUCCGACCGCGCGCGCUCCCCACGUCCGCCACCGCACAGUCCCUGGCGUCCUCCUCCUCCCCGCCCACCAGCGGCCACUCCACACCCAAACAUCACGGACGCAACGCCAGCCACCAUCUGGGCAUCAUGACUCUGCCAAGCGACCUGAGAAAGCACAGAAGAAAAGUAGCAUCUCCGGUGGAAGUGGACAAAGCCACCAUCAAGUGUGAAACGUCUCCCCCCUCCUCCCCCCGCAGUUUACGGCUGGAAACCAACUUCGCCCAGUUCACAGGCAGUCUGGAGGACGGGCGAGGGAAGCAAAAGAAAGGCAUCAAGUCCUCCAUCGGCCGACUGUUUGGGAAGAAGGAGAAGGGCCGGAUGGAGCAGACUGUCGGCAGGGACGGCCAGUCUCUACCUGCCUUAACAGACUUUGAGAUGGGCAUCGGUGACACUAUGACUCUGGGAAAACUGGGCACACAGGCUGAAAGGGACCGCAGGAUGAAGAAAAAACACGAGCUUCUGGAAGAUGCCAGGAAAAGAGGCCUGCCGUUUGCUCAGUGGGACGGCCCCACGGUGGUCUCCUGGCUGGAGCUGUGGGUGGGCAUGCCGGCCUGGUAUGUGGCGGCCUGUCGCGCCAACGUGAAGAGUGGAGCCAUCAUGUCGGCUCUGUCGGACACGGAGAUCCAGAGGGAGAUUGGCAUCAGCAACCCUCUGCACCGCCUCAAACUGCGCCUGGCCAUCCAGGAGAUGGUCUCCCUCACCAGCCCGUCGGCGCCGCUCACCUCCAGAACGUCCUCCGGAAAUGUGUGGGUGACUCAUGAAGAGAUGGAGAACCUGGCUUCCUCCACUAAAGCGGAGAAUGAGGAGGGCAGCUGGGCUCAGACUUUGGCAUAUGGAGACAUGAAUCAUGAGUGGAUCGGAAACGAGUGGCUGCCCAGCCUCGGCCUGCCUCAGUACCGCUCCUACUUCAUGGAGUGUCUGGUCGACGCUCGCAUGCUGGACCAUCUGACCAAGAAGGACCUGAGGAGCCACCUGAAAAUGGUGGACAGCUUCCACAGGGCUAGUCUGCAGUACGGGAUUAUGUGCUUGAAGAGACUUAAUUACGACAGAAAAGACCUGGAGCGUCGGAGGGAGGACAGCCAACAUGACAUGAAAGAUGUUUUGGUGUGGACCAACGAGCAGGUGAUCCACUGGGUGCAGUCCAUCGGCCUGAGGGAGUAUAGCGGGAACCUGCUGGAGAGCGGCGUUCACGGAGCGCUGGUCUCUCUGGACGAGACCUUUGACUACAGCAGCCUGGCGCUCAUCCUGCAGAUCCCCAUGCAGAACACACAGGCCCGGCAGGUUCUGGAGAGGGAGUUCAACAAUCUGCUGGCCUUGGGGACGGACCGCCGAUUAGAGGAGAGUGGAGAUGAUAAGUCGUUUCGACGCUCUCCGUCGUGGCGUAAGAGGUUUCGAGCUCGCGAAGGGGGGGCGGGCUUGGGCAUGAUGGCGGGCUCCAUGGAAACGCUGCCCGCCGGCUUCCGCAUGCCGUCCAUGUCCAUGCCGCCCUCUAUGAAUCUGGCAUCCAGGAAACAGCUUCAGCCUGAAGUUCCUCCCCCAGCGCCUCCGAGACUUGACCCCUCGGCCGUGCGGACGUACUCAUGCUAACUACACUCAGCUUACUAACAGGAGCGCUAAUGCUAACAGUGCAUUCUCAUUACCUGUAUGGACAUAUGCUUGCGGCCUUUUGAGAGUGAUAUGCCAAAUCUGGAGAGGGGGACCUGGGUGCCUCGGGGGUGGGGGGCGCUUCACCCUCCCCCCCGCUGCCCGGCCUUUCCUCCCACUCUUCACCUCUCACACCUCUCCUACGGACACGUGCAAUACAGAGGCCAACUCUGACCUUUGAACUCUCGAGGGUGCUCAUUGUCUGCGCUCGCUGCUGUAAAGGAGGCUCUUCCUGGUCUCUCCCGGUUUACCCCAGUGCUCCCAGUAGCCUUGUUGUUGUGGUGUUGUGCUCCUGCUCCCCUGGUCUCAGCUGUGGGUUCUUGUACUGGUUCUAAUGGUCUCGACAUGGCCAAGUUCAAACCAAUCUCCCUGUGUCAUCACGUCCUCGGUGACGAUGCAGCGGAGGAUUGAUGAUGACGAUGAUGAUGAUGAUGAUGAUGAUGAUGAUGAUGAUGAUGAUGAUGACCAGCCAUUGGUUUUUACUUGGGAAUGAUGAAUACUUGUAUAAAAGGCAGAUCCCUCCGCACAUUACCCCUCUACCGGUUAUGCAAGGUAUUUAUCGUCUCUGUACAUAAAAUGAAUGACUUAUGUUUUUUAUAGAAAUAUUAUAUAUAUAAAUAUAUAUAUAUAUAUAUAUAUUGGAAAUAUAUAUGGAAAACAAUAUAACAUCAUUACUGUAUGAAACCCAAUGCCCUGUAUUCAAUAGUGACUGUUCUUUCUCUCUCUCUUUCUCUUUCUUUCUCUUGCUCUCUGCGUCGGACCUUCGUGUGUCUUUUGCUGUAUGCUGUCAGUGUGUGAACUGUUGGUGGGAGAGACCUGCUAGGGGAAGUGAGUGUUUCUACAAGGACUCUUUACAGGUUCAUGGGUCCAAUUUCAGACUUCUCUCUUUGCCUCUUCUCCCGUUCUUUCCUCCUCCUUCCUCCUUCCUCCUUCCUCCUCCUCCUCUUUUGACACGAUGUAGCUGUUACCUCUCCUCUCUCCACCUCUCUCGCCUUCUGUAUGACACUAUGUAGCCUAGAAUAGAGAGAAUCCUUUGUUACGGCGUGUGCGCGCGUGCGUGCGUGUGAAUGAUCGGAGCGGUCUGAAGUGCUGGAGACUCGUGGAGAAGCUGUGUGUGAGUGCCAGAGGCCGACCCCAGCCAUGUGACCAUGACGUUUUCUCUGUGAAUGAUCGUGUGAACACCGUAGCUCCUUUCUGUUGACUCCUUAACUUCUCUCUCGAAUCAAACUGUAAACUGCUGCUCAACAUCAGCCGAUGAUACCCGCGACGGAACUGCUCUCGGUGACAGACUCGGCUGAUCUCGUCCCGUCGCCUCCCGUUGAGUUGCCAUGGAGACGUGCUAUCGAGCAGUCAGUACUCUUGGCUGAGAAACUCCUCGUGUAAAUGAGAACACAGCAUAUGAACCAGUGAAGUGCUGGAAUGGGUGUACAAUCUUUCUUUUUUUAUUUGACAGUUUUUCCAAGGUGUCUAAAAGGUGUAACGUGCUAUGUGGCAGCUAUGAGUACUGUGUCUUUAUUCCAGGUGUGAAACAAUGCUGACAAAUCAAGAUUUUAUUAUUUGGCUAUUUAAAAAAAAAAAAAAAGUGUACUGUAUUUAUGACACUAUAUAGACAUGAGUAAAGCUGUUUUUUAAAGA